UAUUGCUAAGACCAGCUUGUUUUGUAAUUUAGUCAUAGCAAGAUUGAAAAUACCCGUAUGACAUAGCAAAAGGAAGUAGACACUCGAUUGCAAGAAGUUGUCAACAGCGGGGAAGACAGCGAGAAAAGAAAUGGGGAAUGAAAACAGCCUGCCAAUGGAACUGUGUUCCACAUUUGAUAUGGAUGAGAUUAAAAGAUUAGGAAAGCGCUUCAGAAAGUUGGAUUUGGAUAAUUCAGGGUCACUUAGUAUUGAUGAAUUUAUGUCAUUACCUGAAUUACACCAAAAUCCCCUAGUUCAAAGAGUCAUAGAUAUAUUUGACACAGAUGGAAACGGAGAAGUUGACUUCAAAGAAUUUAUUGAAGGUAUUUCACAGUUUAGUGUCAAAGGGGAUAAAGAGUCAAAAUUAAGGUUUGCUUUCAAAAUAUAUGACAUGGACAAGGAUGGCUACAUUUCCAAUGGUGAGCUUUUCCAAGUCCUGAAAAUGAUGGUAGGCAACAAUCUUAGAGAUACGCAACUCCAGCAGAUUGUAGAUAAAACCAUUAUACACGCAGACACAGAUGGGGAUGGCAAGAUCUCAUUUGAAGAAUUUUGUGAUGUCGUAGGAAAUAUGGAUGUUCAUAAGAAAAUGGUUGUUGAUGUGUAAGAUAUUUGGUCAGCCUCAUAACUUUUUUUUUUUCUACAUACCCUAAGGCAAAAAAAAGUUCCAAUUUAGUUUUUUAUUUUUCAAUAUACUUUUAAAAUAUAUAUAUUUGUAUAUAUAUAUAUUUUUUUAAAGUUCCCAAAUUAGCCAGCAUGCACCUUGUACAUAACCAACCAUUUUUUUGUGGAUAGUUCAAAGAAGAUAUGCAAAGGAACAAGUUGGCGCUUUUCUUUUUUUUUUUCUCCACUGCUUGGAUGUAAAAAUAAAAGCCGAUAUCUAAACAUACUAGAUGCUGAAAGUAAGAUAACAUUGGUUAUAUGGUGGAUACAUCUUGCACAAUUUGUUUGUGGCAAAAUCAUUGAGAGGGCUGGAGUUUUUAGCAUAAAUUUUGUGUAUGCUUGUGUUGGAUAUUUGACCUUUUAUGAUGGCACUAGUCCUCUUUUUUUUUUUUUUAAUACCUUUUCUGCAUUUAAAUUUAAAAAAAAAUUGUGUAUUUCUAUAGUGUUAAAGUCUCAAAUCUAUGAGAAAUCAGUGGUUAUGUUUGUAUGACACCUGAACAAUUAUUUAGUUAUUUAAUGCUGCACUCUUGUAUGUAUGCUUUUAUCAAACUACUGUUAAAAAUAUUCUUUAUUAUUAUUUUUUUAACUUCUCCAUUUUACUAUUGGUUAUGCUUGGCAACCAUUAAACUGAGUAAACUUUUCAAAGUUACAAGAUGAAUAUUGACAAUUUGUUUUCUUAGAAAUGAAAGAAAAGUAACAUUUAAAUUUUAUAAGGAGCCAUGUUUUUAAACAAAAUAUAUAUAUAUAUAUAUAUUAUUUAUAAGUGUAGGAGCAAUGUUUAUAAAGAUUGAUUGUGAUAUAUUGAACAUUAUAUCAAAGAAUUCAUUUCAACAUAAUUAUGGGAGCCUGCACUAUUCAUUUCAAACAAAUAUACUCCAGGUGAUUUAUGUACUGUGCUGGUUUCAUUAGCACAAUACAAGUAUGUAGAAUUAGUGUUUGUUUUUGUCUAUUUUUAAACAGAGUUUUAUUUAUUUUAGACACAUUUUUUCCCCUGUGUAUUGUAUAGAAUUUCUCCCUUUAGUGUUGCAAACCCAUGAUAUAGUCAUCUUAAUAGCUUGAUCCUAAAUCUAAUCAUUUUUCUUUGCUGUGCUCUAUUAUGAGUUUUUUUUAAAGUGAGUGUUACCCCUUUGCUAACCUUUUCAUAUAAAUAUCAUAAACAGACCCUCAGCUUCUCCCCCUUGUUUCUAUAUUAUUUAGAAUAUAUAAUAUAUAUAAUUCUGUAGAGCAUAAUGUUAUUUCUUGACACUUCUAGUUCUACAAAUAUUGUGAACAACCCAUGACAUUUUGAAAAGUGUCCAAGCUUGGUUUAAUAUUUCACUUAUAAAUCUGAUUUUCUUGUGCUUAUUUUGGUUAAUCCAAAAUUUGGAUUUACCGAAUUUCAUAAAAGUAUAAAUAUUUUUUUUUUUAAAUGUGAAAGUUUGACAGGAAAUUCAGCUACUCGAUUGCAGUACAAAACCAGUCAAUGGAUUUUUCUUCUUCACUCGAAUGUUUUUUGUUUGGAAGUGUUUUUUAAACCCUUAUGCUAUAAAAUGUUUUAUUAGUGCACACCAUCCUCUUUCUGAUAAUGAGGGAUCUUUAUUUUGGAGUUGUUCACUUUAGAAUAAUAAUAAUAAUUUAUAGUUAUUGUUAUGCAGGUUAUUAACAUUUUUAGGGUUAUCUAGCGUACAUGUACUGUAGCUAAAAGUAAUUUUUUUUUGUUCAUGCCCUUCACUAAUUAUUAUUGUUAUUGUUUGCUCCUUGACGAAUGGUUACUGAUUUUUUAAAAACUUUUGACAGCGCCAUAGUAUUUACAUUUUUUUAAUUUGUAUUGUUUAGAUGUCAGUCAGUAAUGAUGAUCCAUUCUCUGAGAUGAUAGUCUUUCAUCAUCCUCAUCUCCCUUGACUCAUAACUUGUGUUUACUGGUUUUGUGUAUGUACUUAGUUGGCCAUUAAAAGACUGUGUACAGUGUUCAGAGAGCAGCCACCAUAGCUCCUUCUUCACCAAAAUUCUGUUUGUUUUUUAAAAAUUGUACAUAAUUAGACAUAGCCAAAAUAAAAAUAAAAAUAUUUUUAAGAUCUGUACAAAGUAAAUUUUACAAAAUGGUUUUUUUUUUUCCUUUUGAGCUGCCAUAUUUUAUUAUUUAAAAAAUAAGCAACACUGGUUGCAUCAUCAAUUUACUAUCUUAAUUUUAUCUUAAGUUGACAUUAUUCCUUUUUGAAAUGUAUUGACUACAUCAGAAAUGUUGGUCCUAGUGAGAUUUUUUUCUAUUAGUGUUUAUCCCAUUAUGCAAAUUGGCCUAAAUGCUGAUUAAAAUAUCUCGUUUACCAUCAUUUAUUGAAAUGACAAAGCCAUUUUUUUUUUGUUGUUGUUCAUUUAGCUCUGCACAUUUUUAAUUUUUAAAAAUUUUGUUGGAUGUUUAUUAUUACUUUUUUUUUUUUUUAAGAUUUAUCAAACAGUGCAUAUUAAAUAUAAAUUUAAUAUAUCUGUCAUUAACAUCUUUUUUUUUACCCUUUUCUUUGGCCCUUAAGUGUUUUUUUUUUUAUUCACCUUGUUUUAAAAUCUAAUUUUUGCACCAUUUUUAAUAUAUAGUUCAUUCAACUAUCUUAAAUGUUUUUCAAUGAUGUUGUCUCUACUUUUAUUGAUGUUUUGGCCGUAAUAUUUCUUUGAUAGAUUAAACAGAAAACAUGACACUCUUAUUAUUUUCCUGAAAAAUUUAAAUAUUAUAAAAUUAUUUUACAAGAAAAAUAAUUCAGACUUCAUAGUUCUUGCGAUUUUCAAUGUUAAGAAAGGCAGAAGUCAAAUCUGUAUAGCAAUAUACAAUAUCUGAUGGUAACUACUUAACUAGUAAAUACUUUGUAUGAAAAAUAUUAUGUUAUCCCCUUUAGAAAAAUCAUCAUUUUUGUUGUUUUUUUUUUACCUAUGUUAUUAUAUUUUGUGUUAUUAUUUUGUUUUGAGGCCAAAGACAAGUCAUAGCUAUUUCUUUUCUCUAUUUUCUUUUAUUUUUAUUUUGAGACCAUAAUAUUCCUUUGUGUGGGAGUAAUGGAAUGAGCAGACCUAUGAAAAUGUUCAACAGAAUACAAUAUUUUGUUAAGACACAGAAACAAGACUGUACCGGUACAUUUCAGAUUAUUAAUGGUGAUGCAGAGCAUCCCAUCUUUUUUUAUAUGGUCAAGUUACAUUUAGAUCAAUACAGACAGGUUUCUGCUGAUUUCACAUACAUAUAUGUACGUUGGUGUAUCUUAACUAUUGUGAAUUUUUAAAACAAAAAUCCUAUAUUUAUCUUUACUUAUUAUCCCAUUUUGUGUUUGUGAAGCUCUGUGGUAUGUUAUUUGCUUAGUGUGUUGAUACACUGGUGUGUGACUGGGUGAACCUAUUGGCAUUGUAGCUCAUGAUGCGUGGUGCUAGUUCUGUUCUAUGGAAUUGAGCCACCUGCAGAUUGCCAUUCUCUUGGGUUAGGAAAUUUGUGUUAAAGAUCUAAGUGGUGACAGCACAUAAAAUUAAUGCAAGGUAGAAAUCCUUGCACUUUAAGUUAGUGAACAUGACCUCACUUUUCCUGAACUUUCCAAGUUAACAUUAUCCAGCAACUUUAAAAAAAAAAAUACAUGCCGUUUUUUGUUUUGUUUUUAUGACAGGGUAAAAACCAUUAAUUAAAUUUUUUUUUUUAAAUGAUGUGUCCUUUUGAACUAGAAAUGUGCUUCUUCUACACAUAUCUCCAUUGAAAUGUGAAACUUUGAUAUUGAUUCAAUCAACAUUGGAAACACAACUAGAAUAAUAAAUUUCUAUCAAUGAUUUGUGAAAAUGCUGUUAUAAUUUUUUUUUCUUUAAACUUGCAUAAAAAUAACCCACUUAAAUGUAGAAAAAGAUGUAUGGUCUUAUUUAAAAAAAAUAAAUUUUGGUUUUAUUGAGAUUCCAAUUCAAUUUCAAUGUAUGAGAUUUCUUUUCAAGUUAAAUGUUUAUAUAAUAUUGUCCUUGCCAUUUUAGUUUCUUUUGAAAAGUAAAAUAUUUUUUGCUCUAUUUGAAAUUAUCAAUUUUUGAAAGUACUACUAAAAAAAAAAACUAGAAUUUUUAAUUAAAAUGGGGGUUGAAGGGAUUCAGCAAGUUGACAUUGGCAUAAUCUUUCUUAGUUAUAUUCAGUGCUACUAAAAACCUUUUCUAUGAUCAGUUUUUCCACUUUGAAAUUGUUUUCAUGUUCUUGUAUUGUGUAAAACAUCUGCUAGGCUAGACAUGUGUUCAUUGUGCAUGCUGUCUGAAGCAAUGGCCAUGCUUUUUUUCUGCAUUCCCAAACAUUGACUUCUUACUAAUAGAAUAGAGAUUCUAGCCCAUUUUCAAACUAUUCAAAGUCAUCUCUGUUUAUAGUUAUUAUAUAUGUUCCCAUAGCUAAGGACACCAACACUUAUUAACAAACUGUGAUAUAAAUUCUGACAGUGGAACAGUAGGUUACUUGACCUUUGACAAACACAUUUAGAUUGGUUCCAUUUAUUUUCCUGUACGAAAAUGUAAACAUACAAGUUUUUAUUUUUUUUUAAAUAAAUAAUCUAUUUAUAUAAUUCACAUGUACUGAUUUUCAAAAUCAUUUGUGUAAGUUUUGUUGAUUUUUGCUUGUUUGUAACUGAGCCAUGUGCAGGAGUGACUUUCUUUUUUGUCCUGUUGACAGUAAUUGUAUUUCAUUCUCUCUCUACUUAAAGAACAUGCAAUAGUGCAUUUAGAAACAAACAUGUGUAGACACAGCUGAAUAGAAAUGUUAUUACAAGUAGACUUGAAGUGAUAGAACGUAAUUUUGGAAGCAUCAUAAGAUUUCUAUGGAAAGAGUUAUUUCAGUGCAUGUGGUUCCUUUUAACCCUUAAUUUACUUUGUGUUUCAUCCCAAGACCCUUCCCCUCUGCUUACUCUCGAGUAAGUUUUAUUUAUUUCUCCUUGUGACUGCACCAAUGCAUGUUCCUCUUUCUCUUCACCAAAUAGAUCAUUUUUUGUUUAAAUGUGUGAAAGCCUUUUUUUUUGUUUUGUUUGUUUGAUGUCUCCAUAAUGUUGUUUUCCUUGUUGUGAUGUCGUCAUGGUUGCUAUGAUCAGAUAUUUUCAUUAUUUUUAUCUACACUAUUUGACUGUUGUUCAAAUUUUUCCUUAUUAAAAACAAAAUAAAACAUAAAAACAUCAA